AGUAGAAACACUCAAAAGCGCUUCCUUCCUUCCUUCCUUUUCCUUCCUUAUCGGCAAAAUGAGUGCACAGUGGAGAACGUGUCAAGAACGUAGAAAUCAGCUGUUCUCUUUUGUUUACAUUUCAUUUGUUUGACAUUUCAUACAAUUCAACAAAAAUUGUGUAAGCAGCAACAUGGAAGUGGAGAAUAUUGAUCAAAUGCUUUUAGAAUUGUACGAAUUGUACUCUUUAUAUAAUUUAUAUAAACAGUAUAAAAACAAAAAACGAACGAGAAGGUACAAGAUUCGCCCAAUCAAUCAAAACUGGGGCGUUAGCGGUUACCAGAUAAAAACUUUUCUGGUAAUGAAAAACAGGGAACCAGAACAACUUUUUUUGCAUACAAGGAUGCCGCCGGACGUUUAUAAUUUGCUUCUGAAUUUGAUAUCGAAAUCCUUGAAGAAGCCAAGGCAGCGGAUUGGACCCGAAGAAAGGCUCUCGUUGGUAUUACUCUAUUUGUCACAAGGCGUGUCGGUGCAGAGCAUUGCAUGGAGCUAUAAGUUAGGAAAGUCAACAGUACGCGAAAUCAUAUUAGAGACGUGUGAAGUAAUCUGGCAGCUACUUUCUCCAAUUUAUGUAAGCGAGCCAACAGAGUCUCAAUACAAGGACAUUGCAAAAGAUUUUUAUAAUAUGUGGAACAUUCCGAAUUGUGUCGGUGCAAUUGAUGGUAAGCACGUUGCAAUUAAGUGCCCGGCCAAUUCCAAUUCGAUGUUUUACAAUUAUAAAAAAUUCUUUAGCAUCGUUUUGAUGGCUGUAUGUGAUGCGAAAUAUACGUUCACAGCAGUUAGUAUUGGCAGCUAUGGAAGUCAAAGUGACGGAGGAAUCUUUCGACUUACUCCAUUUGGCCAUGCAUUAAUACAAAACACUCUGCCUUUGCCACCACCUGUGCCACUGUCUGACGUGUCACCGGAACCUUUUCCUUACUUUUUUGUUGGAGAUGCCGCAUUCCCAUUACGCGCCCAUUUCCUGGAGCUAAUCUAACACACACGAAACGUAUUUUCAAUUAUCGAUUGUCACGCGCUCGUAGAGUCAUAGAAAAUUCCUUUGGUAUAUUGACUGCUCGGUGGAGAAUUUUGAAAACAACGAUUGAAUGUAAUCCAGAAAAUUGUGAAAAAAUUGUGUUGGCUUGCAUAGCCUUACACAAUUUUAUAAUGUUGAAUGAUCACAAUCGCUGGUAUUGUCCGGAGAACUAUGUAGAUCGAGUUGAAGGACAUAACGUUGUUCAUGCCGGUGAGUGGCGCCGCGAAAAUGAAAACAAUUCUUUACGACCAAUGCGAACUUCAGUGCGUAGAGGUCCUUCAAGUGUGUUUAAUUUACGCGAAAGACUUGCUAACUAUUUUAUAAAUGAAGGAUCUGUACCAUUCCAGAACAAUAUAGACUCUAUCACAGGAGGACCAUAUGCUCCUGGAGAACCUUAUUAAAAAUAAUCACCUUUUUUUAAAUGUAUGAGAUUAUUUAUUUCAUUUCAUUCAUUUUUUUAAUUAAUAACAAUUCAUUUCAUUUUUUUCAUUUUUUCAUUAAUAACAAUGUUUAAACUUAUUUACUAAUGGACUAAUGGAUAACGAAAAUAGACACAUAAAUAAAUAUAAAA